AAUUGUGUUGUCUUUGUGCAAAGGAGUGGAGCUCGAUCUCACAUCAUCACUCUUCCCCGAGUCCUUUCUAAACUCUCCCCCGGGUUUCUACCCACCCGAACCUCUCCCCUUCUACCCUUACAACCCCAACCCUCCCCCCGGUCACGUACCAUCACUCGAAUCAGAUCAUUUGGGUCGGAGCACUCCUCAGAUGUUUGAAAAUAAAUGCAGCAAACGAACAGCGUGUAGUUGGCACAGUAAAAGUUUAUUAAGGAGCAAUUUGUCUAAUGGAAUACCAGAUCGAACUCGGUGACCAAAGUCCCCAGUUCUGCACAGACCCCCAGGUUGCAGUUAUGGACUCCGGUGUGAUUGAAGGAGGCCUCAAUGUCACCCUUACCAUAAGGCUGCUCAUGCAUGGCAAGGAAGUCGGAAGUAUUAUUGGAAAGAAAGGUGAAUCUGUGAAGAAGAUGAGGGAAGAGAGCGGGGCUCGCAUCAAUAUCUCUGAGGGCAAUUGUCCUGAGAGGAUCAUUACUUUAGCAGGUCCAACCACCGCCAUCUUUAAAGCAUUCUCUAUGAUCAUUGAAAAGCUGGAAGAGGACAUAAGCAGCUCAAUGACAAACAGCACAGCUACCAGCAAGCCCCCGGUGACCCUACGCAUUGUGGUGCCUGCCAGCCAGUGUGGCUCCCUCAUCGGGAAGGGUGGCUGCAAGAUCAAGGAAAUCCGAGAGUCAACUGGUGCUCAGGUACAAGUGGCAGGAGACAUGCUCCCCAACUCCACAGAGCGAGCCAUUACCAUCGCUGGUACUCCCCAGUCGAUAAUUGAGUGUGUGAAGCAGAUCUGUGUGGUCAUGCUUGAGUCUCCCCCAAAGGGGGUCACUAUCCCCUACCGACCCAAACCUUCAGGAUCCCCUGUCAUCUUCGCUGGCGGACAGGCAUAUGCUGUACAAGGACAGCAUGCGAUUCCACAGCCAGAUCUCACCAAACUUCACCAGCUGGCGAUGCAGCAGAGCCCCUUCCCCAUCGCACAAAGUAACCAAGGAUUCACUGGGAUGGAUGCUUCUGCUCAAACCAGUUCCCAUGAGAUGACCAUUCCAAAUGAUCUGAUUGGGUGCAUCAUUGGCCGCCAAGGAGCAAAGAUCAACGAGAUUAGGCAAAUGUCAGGCGCCCAGAUCAAGAUUGCAAAUCCAGUGGAUGGAUCGACUGACCGCCAGGUCACCAUCACAGGCUCUCCCGCCAGCAUCAGUCUGGCCGAGUACCUCAUCAAUGCCAGGCUUUCCUCUGAGGCCACAGGACUGGCAGCCAACUAGUACGACACUGCAUCUGCACUAAAUCUCACUUUUAUAUCAUCGGCCACCACAAAACAGUCAAUGCAACUACCCAACUUAAGAGUUUAUAUAUUAUGCUGCCUCUUUUGUCAUUUGAAAUCAUGUCAACUGACACUGAUUUGACCCACUCAGUUCAGUUCAUUAUUUAUUUCAUUUGUUUUGGUUUUAGUCAGAAGAAUCGUACUAGGUUUUUAAUUCCCUUUUUUGAGUCGAGUUGGAGGUUUUAAUUAUUUGUUAUAAGACUUUAGUUUUUUUUAAUGAAUCCCUCGCUCUCUUCCCCCUUUUUUUUCUCUCGCCAUCACAAAGGAGUGGAGUUGAUAAACUCUGAAUAGGCAUAUAGAUUUAGUUGUGUACAGUCAGUCUUUUUUCUUUUCAAAGGAAGACAAAAAAUAAUAGACUGUUUUACUCUCCGUUUAUAUAUACACGCCCCUCCCUUCUCUCACCCAGUUCCACAAAGUCUUUCUGUCCAUUUUAUGUCCACACUUCAUUUAAUUAUACACAGCAUUCUUUCUUCCCCUUUGUCACCUUUUCAAUUUGAAGUGCUUGUAACAUGAGUUAAAAAAACGUAGCUAUACAAUGCACUGUCACAAACUUGUAUUUGGUUAUAGUGAGAAAAGUUUUAACACUCAUUAGUUCUCCAGAUAAUUUAAAUUGUAUUUCUACGCAUGUCAUCUCCUCUACAUGUCAUUCAUGUUUCCCCCCCUCUCCUCGUCCUGAGAUCAUAUGUUGAUAUUUUGCUGGGAUGGGAUGUUUUUGGGGGAUUUGGGCUUGGCACUGGGGUUCAGAAGCAGAGGGUUCUCCUCGCUUUUUUUGUAAAGACUGAUGUAUACUUAAAAAAAAUGUUGGAAUAUUUGUUUUAAAUGGAUGAAAUAUUUUUUUUUAAACUACCAAAGGGGGAUUAACUCCUGGACAAUGACUACACUCUCUAUUAGAUGUGAUGAGGAUCUGGAACCAGACAAAGAAAGGGUUGUGAGUUAACACUAGUUUCCUGCUCUUUGCUUUGCUCGAGUCAGACAAUUAUUUUAUUUUUUAUUUGCAGGAAAGAGACUUUUGUGCACGUUUUUGAGACUGUAGACCUGGGUGCCACAACAUUGUUUAAAAAAUACAGAAAUAAAGAUGUGAAAUGCUCAAACCACCA